AUGCAGAAGCUGUUUUCCUGUAAAAUGGCUAAGUUUGCUGGGCGUCGAGGUGAGCCUUUUUUGAUCAAAAUGUCCGAGAAAGGAAUGUUUGUGGAGAAAGAUUUUAUUUAUUCGAGGGAUUUUCAAAAAGUUAUAAUUUUUUAAUUUAUUUCAAGCUGAUAACGAGAAAAGAUGGUUUUUUAAGUAAUUACGAAUGGUCAUGAGUCUCACAGAAAUUGAGCCAUGAGUUUUCAUUAUUUUUCGCUCAAAAUGGACCGAAUAGAACGAAAAAAUGUACAAAGGUGCGGCUCUGAAGUGGUCUGAUAAUGUGAGCAUGUUUGUGAUGGGUGCGAUUCGAGACACUUUGGUCAGGCUCACAAGGCCGCCGUGUGGGACUCCAACACUUGGCCGAUCUCGUUCUCUUCCGUUUCGAUGCUAGAUUUUUGUCUUUUAUUUCAUUUUUGCGCAAGUUCUGACAGUUAUCAGCGUUGGGAGCGAAUAAGAAGAUUUUUUCUGCUUGGGGAAGUAGCCUUUUUUGAAUUUCAAAGCUUUUAUCGUCAUUUUAUGACUCCUUUCCGUUUCUGCGUCAGAUUUUGGUCAAUUUAAUUUAAUUUUAUAUGUCUCUCAAAGUUUCGAGCAAUAAUGGAAGCAUUUUUUAUUUUUCGGCUAUUCUCCUUUGAAAGCUCAUCAUUAUUUUCAAAACAUGGACUAGGUUUCCUCUCCUGUUGGAGCUUCACAUAGCUCUCAUUCGACUUCCGAAACUUUUUAUAACCAUUUUCAGUUUGAGCGACAUUUUUUUUUUGAUUGAUUGGGUCGAAAUUUGCUAAAAAUCAGAAGUACAAAAAUAAAUCAAAGUUAUCAAAUAAGUUCAUAGAUUUCUUGAUGUCGUAGUUUUCCAGUUUUUCCAGCUGUGUUACAUAACUUUUCUUUUCUAUUUUUCAUUUUUUCAACAUAUUCAAGUUCAAAUAUGCUAAAAAUGAAGCGAUAGAAAAUGCAAAAACAGUUUCUCAAAGUGAAAAAGCUGUAUUUUGUUGAACACCUAUAGUUUUAUCAGUCCGUUUUUGUUAUAUCGGAGGAUUUUUCGGCUUUAUUUCGAAGCUGAACCCAAAUAUAUUUAGAUUCAUGUCAUCCGCCGCUAACAAUUGACAGUUUAUACUUCCGCAUAAGGGGAUAAACGCCCGCAAUAUUUGUUUGCUUAUAAAUUAUGACAGAUGCGACGUCUCUUCGGGGCUCAAUCUCAGAUUUUGAGAGCUUCUUUUUGCUUUUAUUUCUAAAUCAUCAACUUCAUUUUCACUUUUUAAAUGAAAUAAAGUUUUUCUCCUCUAGAAGAAUUGAAUAUUCGUGGUCUUAUAUAAGUCGCAUCUAGCAAAACCUGGUCUCAUCCACAAAUCAACCUGAAAAACCCCCUGGUUAGGUUUAAAAAAACCCUUUUCUUUAAAUACACCUUUUCUUUAGAUUUGAAAAAUUUUUUUCUUGCUCUUAAAUCUAUUGUAAAUACAAAAAAAUAUGAGUUUCUUACUAAACUAGAAAAAAAUUAAGAAAAAUUUCGAAAGUUUCCGUACGAACACGGGUCUGGUCUCUUCUUGAAAGAAAUUUCAAACAGUCGUAUUUUUUGUCUUUUUUUAGUUUUAGAACUUUUUUUGAAUCCAAAAUUUAUAAAAAUAUAUAACGGAGUCAGAUAAGUUCAAAAACCACUAGUUGGACUGGUCAAAAAAUUCUUACCUGAAAAAUUGUCUGUUUUCUUGUUCAGAACUUUCCGCUGAUUUCAAAAACAAUAGUUUCUUCGAUAAAUUUGCAAAAUGAACAAAGUUAUAACACUUUCAAGACCGAUAUAGUGACUAAGCCAAAAAGCCAUUUUUGAAAAAUGAAAAAUUUUAAUUUUAAUUUUUUAUGUUUUUCGAAAUUUCAAAGCUCAUUCUUAUUCACGUUUUUCCGCUUGCUAAGUCCAAAAUUUGGCUCUCAUUUGUCAUUUCGGAAAACUAACGCUGAUACAUCAUUUUUAGCCCCCCUCUUCAAGAUUAUCGUUUGUUUGAAAAUAAAUUUUUGAAAAAAUUGACAAGGCUCUCUCUGCCUGAGACGUUCUUCUUUCCCAAGGUGUUGUUAAGCCGAAAGCCGUUGUUUGAUUUGGUUGCACUUUCUGAGAGGCCACUGUUGAGGCUCUUGUAGCGUUUCUUCGCUCUCUUCACUUUUUCACCUUUAGCUUUUGUAUCGGUAUUUGUGUUCGUAAUUUUUGGCACGUUUUAAGUGUUCUGGAGUAUAUCUGGAAAAUAAUGACAAGCUGUUUUUUGUUAAAAGUAGGCUAUUCUGAACCUUACAACUAGUUUUGACAAGAUUUUUGUGUGAAUUUUUUUUUUUGAAAGUUUUUUUCUGGUUUUCUGGAUAAUUUCGAAAAUAUUGACAUUGCGAGUUUUGGUAUUGGAGCCCAGUCUGUUUUCGACCUUUUUGAAGGUUUCAAAACGUCAUUUGAACUGGUUUUCGCGAGUAUUUCGGUACUUGAGUUAGAAUUUAAGAGAAUUUCUCAAAAGUAUUGACGUUGCCAGCUUUUUUUUGUUUGAAAAUUGGAAUUUUGGAACUAGUCUCUAUUAUAAAUUCUGUUUGAGGAUUGUUCUCCGAGUAUCAAAAGGUAGAGGUUUCGAAAUAUGAUCCUUAUUGAUGUAUGAGUAUCCGGAGUUCCAGCCAUCUCCAUAUAUUUUCAAGGGCUUUUCGAAACGAAACAAAACAAGCACUUAUGCGGAUUCCAAGUGAAAAAAGAGAUUGUUUUACGUCUCUCAGAUUGUUUAAACAUAAGAAAAGGGUGCGCCACGAAGGAUGAGAUCAUUUUUCGAUUGGAAGAAACUUGUCCUCGAAUUUUAUUUCAUUGCGAAAGGCUCCGAAUUUUUUUCUCAUGAUUUUUGCAUCAAUCAGUUUUGAUAAGUGAUUUUUGAGCGGAUAAAAAGAUUUAGUUGUUCUUCGGACGUGGCGGCGAUUAAAAAAGAGUAUUUUUUAACGGAAUAAUUAAUUUGCAACGACUUGAAACUUUCUGUUCGCAUUCGGAAUGGCUUAAUGCGUUGGUUUUGCAAGAAAGAGCUCAUUUUUUUGGUGACGCCGGCGCGCGUAAGCCGUUGAAUAGUCGGGUGCAAUGAGAAGUUGGAAAUUUAGCCAUUCCCAAUGCGAAAAACGCGUUUCGGCUUUAAUUUUAGAUAAAUAUAAAUAAGUUGACUAGGCUUUCUUCUUUCAAGCGACUUUCGAAAAGAAAAACCAAAAAUAUUUCUAUUUUUCACUUUUUUCGUUUCAAUUUGUUUUUGAAUUUCCAAUUAUUUCAAAAAAAUGUUUGAACAUGUAUUUUUUUUUUCUCUGCGCAAACUUUUUUUUCUGUCUCAAAACGAAGCGGCUCUGUUUUAUCUCGAGAGCUCUCACGGUAUUCUUUGCAAACGGUUACUUUUUGCUCGCGAAUUUUCCAUUUUUCUACUCCUAUGUUUAAACUUAUCCAGUGCAGUAACGCCAUAAGUUUUGAAACUUUUCGAAAAAAACUUUCUACGCUACUUGCAACAAUUUUUUUUCCAAAAAUGGAAAUUGGUCGUGAACAAGGGAGAAUGUAGAGAAAUCGGCCGCUUCCAAGUGGCGAAUAGUCUUAAAAAUGGAUCAAGAACUAUUUGUCUUUUUCUCUUUUGAUCUGAAUAUUUUUAACGCACGCAUUUAUGUCUUUUCUUCAGGCCUAAAUUUGGUUUUUUUUUUACUUUCAUUUUGUACCAAAAGAGCUAUAUUAUGCUGAUAACAGAUUUGAAAAGAAAACAGGAAUUUGAUCCGAAAAAAUGCAGAAGCGAUGUCCAACGAGCUGAUAAUGCUGAUCCCCGACGUGAUGGUCGACAACGGGAGCAGCGGACUUUCGCUGGACUCCAUCGGGACGAUUUCCUUGACUUCUGGCCGAUCCGUCUCUCAUCGACCUCCUUCGCCGAUUUCACCUUCUCGGUUCGUAGUCUUCUAACCUAUAGAUAAUAUAUCACACAUGGACAAAAUUUUAUAAUUUCAUAUUUAUUCACAGGCAAGAACUAAAAAGACAUGUACAAGAAUGGUUAAAAGGGGAAAAAAAAUAGAUAAAUAUGUAAUAAAAUCCGGAUUAAGUUUUGCCACCCUCAUUCUCGUCCGUUUUUUUUUUCCGCAGGACGUCUGGAGGCCAUAGAAGGGCAGACCAUUUUUAAACACCUUCGAGACCUCCUCCCGAGUUCCUAAAGUCGGUAUUAACUCCCGAAGUUCAAACUCAAUAUUACUUUUGUUAGCACAAACUUCCCUGGGCUUCAAACAUUUUAAUACGUUAUUUCUCAACAUUUUUUUAAAAUUCAGCUCCUUUUUUUGGACUAAUCGUGCUUUCAGUGGCCCACGUAUGUAACUGAAAAAAAUGGUACAAAGUUGUCGAUUGCGAACUAACCGCUUCAAUUACGGACGUUGAUGUGAUUAAAAGUCAUUAUUUUUCAUAGUUUGUUCAAUCACUUGCCUUGUUUCUUGUCUGAUUUACAUAGAGGUGAGUCAAAAAAAGAAGGUGAGGACCUUAAAAUGGCUUUGAGUCAUGAAUAUUUUCGCUUUCUUUCACUAACUGACUGAACUAUUAAUGUUAUCAAGAAAGCGCUGAACAGUUUGCUCCACAGAAAACAUUACAAACUAGAAAAUUGUUUACUGAAGUAAUUUAAUGAAUUUGCUGAGAAAAAAUGCCGGAAACUUAACCCUAGAACUCAGAAAAAAAGAAAGAAUAAAUUCUUCAACCUUUGGUUUCAAAUUUUGAAUAGUUAGUUGAAGGUUAGAUUUCGGAACACAUGACGAUGGGUCGAUCCCUUUUAGCUGAUUUUUUUUUCUUUUUAUUAGUAGCUGCAGGAGCAGUGUUGCCAUUCACUUUGAACACAAAGCGAAAAAUAUCGAAAAAACUAUUUGAAAAGUGGAGAGGCGCGAGAGAAUAGAAAAACUUUUGGUUAGAAGGGUAUUAUUUUAAAAUGUUCUGUAAAAAAAAGUUCCAGAAACGAUUUAUAGUCAUUGUACCUAUCUGAAAAGCUGUUUAGAGUUCUGCGAAAAAGACACUUCGGGAACACCCGCGUUGUUUUCCGUGGUGUCUCUUUUUUUCCUUUUUUUUUUCAUUCCCCGAGGAGAAAUUUGCCCUUGGAGCGUCCAAUUCGCUCUCGUUGCUGGAACACGACCGAGACGGAGAAUUUGCGUCCCGGAUUAAGUUUUGCCACCCUGAUUGUCGUCCGUUUUUUGUUUCCGGUGGACGCCUGGAAGCCGUAGAUGGGCAGACUAUUUUCAAAAGCCGCCAACAUUUUCUGCCGAGUCUUCCUAAAUUAAAAACAGUACUAUCUCCCGAAAUUGAAACUCGAUUUUUUUUUCUAACACACUGCCGAGCAUAAAACUUACUUUGAUGCCUAAUUCUCCAAAAUUUAAUAAAAAUCCACCCCUCCUUCCCUACCAACUGAAUUCUGUUUUAUUUCUGAAAACGUUGCGUUUUUAAAAACCAAGUUCUUUUAUACAACUGUUAUGAGCCUGCGGGAGUGUGCGAAAUUCCUCGAAAAUAAUUUCAGAACGCACAUUUCCUCUGAGUAAGUAGAACAUUUUUCAAAAAGUCGAACUUUCUUUCAUUUUUUUCGAAUUUUUAACUAGGAAGGAAUAAUCAAAGUGUGGUUGUUAUGAAAGAAGUAAAAAUCUACAGAGAAAAAAAAAAUAAAUAUGACGAUAACUGUUUUUACGGCGUUUUUCUUCCCUUUUGUCGGUACCUUUUUUUAUUGCGCCAUUGUCUUGGUAUUCAAUAUGCAGCUGUGUUCAGCUUGUUUCUGUACGAUUUUCUUUCUUUUUGAGUUUCUUCACAAAAAAUUGCUAGUUUAUCAUCUUGGAAAUAAUAUUCAUAAAAAUAUAAAUCUUUGUCCCACGCUCAUUUUUUAAUAGAUCGGAAUUGACUAUAGACAAGUUUGUACUUCUGAGCUGUUUGAGAAAGAAGUCAGAGUCAUUGUGAGUGCUUUUGAAAGCUGUCCGGUACCCACUGCCGAGUCAUGUCCUGAAUUUGGUUUGACCGAGUUAUUGUUCUGAAUUUGGUUGAUUUCAGACUUUCUUCUAAAAAGAUUGAGUGUUCUACUUUUUUCAGAUUAUUUUUUUCAGUUUUUUAGUUGUAAAUUUAAUUAUGGCAAUAAUAAGAGCGGUAGUCAAUGGUUACGGGGCUCUUUUUCAUUUUUAUGUUCUGAAAUUUUCUCUAGACCCUGUGAAAGUAUCUGUUUCAUUUUUUGAUGGUUCAAAUGUCGAAUAUCGAUAUAAGCAGCUAGGGUAACUGAAGAUUCAACUAUCCGAAGAUUUUUUGUUUAUUUUUUGAAGUAGACGGCUUUUUUUUCUGUUAACUUUCUGAAGGAAAGGAAAAUUUUGACUCUAAUAAAAAAAAAGGAGCUUUUGAUUUCUGUUCUUUCAUCAUUCUGAGCUUCUAUUUUCCUGUAAAAUUAACUCUUUUGCUGAUAAAAAAGGAAUGCGGUGAUAUUUGAUAAGGGAGUUGUUAGCCGAGGCGUUCCUUAGUGAUUCAUUUUGGUUUUUUUGUGCAAUCGAUUUGAAGUUAUCUACUGACUAGACUGCUGAUUUUGGAUAGGAAUGCUGGUAGUUUCGAAGAGGUUCGUGUAUGAUUUUUGAAUUUUUCAUGAAUGAAAAAUGAGUAAUCUUCCACUUAAAGUCUUGAGAAUUUGGUUUUUUUCGAUUCCAAGUCUGAUAGAUUUGUAUUCCAUCAAAAUGUUUUUAUUCUAACUCCUAGUUUUUCACCGAAUUUUUUUCCCUUGUGAAUUCCCAAUUUCUGUUGAUAACAAAGGUGUAAAUUUUUUCAUUAUAUGAUAUUCAAUUUUUGAGAAAAUUUCGCUUUUUAGUCCAGGCUUUUUUGCUUGAGGCCUUGCUAAGGCAAGGUCGGGCUUAGAAAAUGGCCGGGGCGGAUGAGUAACGGGCCAGCCCGCGCCCGAGCCUGCUGAAGAUUUAAAUGAGCUCCUUCAUAGUAACAACUUUUAGUUUUCGCCUAAAUCAUUUUUUAAAUUCGAUAAUUCAGAGUUAAGAUCUAUAUUUUGAAAUUUUUAAAAUCGCAUAUCAAAAAACUGGAAGUUUGCGCAGGUAGCGGCCAUGAGGGGUCUUGAUCUAGGCCUUCUGUGAGUGUUUGAGCGAAUUUUCAGAAAGUUGAAACCGCAAAAUAAAAUGACAUCGCUUGUUGAAAGCUUUUCUCACUCGUCUUUAUCAUGUAUUGUUCAGUUGUUUCAAUUAAUUCAUUUUCAGGUUUAAAGGCCAGCGAGUGCCACUUGGAGGAAGAGAAAACGACGUUCUCUACAUGGACGAGGACCACAUCAUCAAGGCCUUGGAACAUUUCGGUGCGUCUCUUUUUUUCCAUAUUUCUUAUUUUUUUAAUAAUUUUAGGCAGUUUUAAUUUCGAAAAGAAGAUGAAAUGGAAAAAAAGCUAAAAAAAAAGAUUGGGGAAGAAAGAAAAAAAGUUCAUUGAUAGUCUAAAAAAUAACUAGCCGUCUUGGGAAUUCCAAAUUGAAAAUGUCUCUGUGAUCUUAAAAUCAGUAAGUUGAGGAGAAUCAUAACGUAAGUAGUCUCUUUUCUGGAUGGGGAUUGAACUCAUGACCUCGUGACUGUUAGCCGAGAACGCAACCAACUGAGCCAUGGGCUUUGUUCUUCAAGUUGUCUGCAAAUGACAACUCUGCUGGACAUUUACCUGAUCAAAUUAUGUCUUUUUUGGAGGUUACCCAUGGGAUUGAACUCAUGACCUUUUGAGCAAUAUCAUAUCAUGCAACCGACUCAGCCAUGGAAGUUCAAAAAAGAACUUCAUCCUGCGGUAAAUUACUAUGAUAAGUUUGCGGAGCUUCUACAGCUAAACCAGCAGCGGUACCGAACUUUUGACCUUUUUAUCAGUAGACCAAAAAGCAACCGACUGAGCUAUGUUUUUGCUUUUAUAACUUACCUAAACAAUUUUAACUUAUUUUUCUUGCUUUUAUUUGGGGUUUUCCCCUAUUUCACUGUGUAGUGUUCAUAUGAAAGUCCUUGUUGAGUUUUAAAGGAGUAUAGACGAGUUUGGAAAAAGGUUACGAAGCGAAGAGCUGUUUUCAGGGUUUGAGAGACUUUUUCAAAUAGCCAUUCAGAUUCUUGGACAGGAUCGUCAAAUAGAAGACGUGAAAAGGAGAUGGGCAAUCAUCCGUGA